AUGGUUCACUGCGAUGGACUCAUGCUGUGCAAGUGUGCCGAUCACUUGAGAUUCGCCAACCUAGCUCUUUGGAAUCCCGCCACAAGGAAAUUCAGAUGGGUCGACCCCGUGGAUGUUAUCACGAAUAGUGAGUACUACGGGAUUGGAUACAGCAACAGCAAGAAGAAGGCUCGUGACGACGGUUACAAGAUCGUGCGGUUUACUUGUGGCCUUGAGGGUAAUUACGAGAUCAAUGUAGUACCACAUGUUGAGAUUUACGAGUUCAAGACGAAUGCUUGGAGAACUAUUGGUAUAAAGGUUGAUGCUGAUGUGAAGAUUACGAGGAAAUGUGUGGCUGUGAUGGGUAACAUCUUGUCUUUGCUACAACAAGGCAGAUCAUCAAGAAACAUUGAGGUGUGGGUUUCAAGCAAGUUGGGUGAUGGUGAUGUCUCGUUUAGCAAAUAUUUCAGUUUGUCCGGUCCUGGUCUUCGGCCGGCGUUACAGGUCCGUGAUGAUGCUAGUCCUGCCCCCAGCAUCUCAGGGACGCCCCUGCCUAAGAGUGUCAUCGUAUGGUUCGUGGGAGUUGAAGGAAAAGGUGAUAAGGUUCGUAAUUGCCUUACGCUUUAUGAGAUUGAUGAGGAUGGGGUGAGAAAUGAAAAGGUGACAGAACGUGACGACGUGCAUGAAUAUUCUCGCGCCUUCGUUUGUGGCUAUGUGUAUGUUCCAAGUCUAGUCCCUCUUCCAUGA